AUGUUGGCAUCGUCGAUGCAGGGGUAUACAAAGGUCAACAAAACGCAGAGCUGGUUUUAUUGGCUCGUGGUAGCUGAGGUUAAGCCCACAGCCUUGUUUUUAAGAGUGCRAGCUCCUCAGAGCUCUUGGUGCAGGAACAGGAAAACGACCUGGGACAUGCUCAACACCUCAAACAUCACAGAGAUGGAGUACUCCCAUUACGAUGAUUUCAACGACAGUUAUUUUAUAAACUGCUUGGAAAACGUCAGCAAAAACGCAUCUGACUGCGACUACAACAACAACACCGACACCGACACCGACACCGACUUUUGCAGUACAGAUGAGGAGUAUGUCAUCCUAAUGUUUCAGACAUGCGCCUUUUGCCUGAUUUUCUUCGUGGGAGUUCUGGGAAAUUGUCUGGUGAUCGCCACCUUUGCUCUCUACCGACGGCUCCGGCUUCGUUCCAUGACCGAUGUGUUUCUCUUCCACCUAGCGCUGGCUGAUCUCCCCCUGCUCCUCACUCUCCCUUUGCAGGCAUCCUACACUCACUKGGGUUGGAUUUUCCCUGACGCCCUCUGCAAUGUGAUGCGUGCAUGCUAUGCCAUCAAUACGUACAGCGGACUGCUGCUGCUCGGCUGCAUCAGCAUUGAUCGCUACAUGGUUGUGGCACGAGCCCAACAGAUGCUACGACUGCGCAGCCAGAUACUAACGGCGGGGAAAGUUGCUGCUGUAGUUGUCUGGAUCGUUGCCAUUCUCUUGAGCUUGCCUGAAAUCCUCUACUCUGGGGUUUCUAAGUUUAAUAACAAGGCAUACUGUGUCAUGCAAAAGAGUGGGCACGUCAAGAUGGCCACCAAUGGAGCCAUCAUUGCCGUCUUCUGUGUGUCUUUUUUCACCAUGGUGGUAUGCUACACUUCCAUAGGUGUGGUUCUGUGGGAAGGCCACGGGCAUCGCCGUGGGAAGCAGUGGCACCGGCAGCGCACGCUAAAGCUCAUGGUUGCCCUGGUGCUGGUUUUCCUGAUCUUCCAGCUUCCAUACACGGUGGUUUUGUCUCGGRAAAUAGCGGGGCAAUUCUGCGAUCUGAUGGGGGWGUACAUCACCUSCACUCUGGCAUACACACGUUGUUGCCUCAACCCCAUCCUGUAYGCACUGGUUGGCGUACGUUUUCGCAAAGACGUACUGCAGCUCAUGCAURACUCUGGCUGCCCAUGUGGACUGCAGCUGAAGCUGCACAGUGUCCACUCCACAUCAAUCUCUGCUUCUUCUCCUGCUCUCACUGUCCUCUCGGUUGUCUCCCCAACAUCACCUGAUCGCAAUUACUCCAGUAGGGAUGGAUUAACCUCUCUCAAGUUUCAGUUUCCAACAAGCGAAUAAUCUCGAAAGUAGAACAUAAGUGUAUUUGCCUUUAACAUGUCAUGUAGCAUAAUGAACGGACAUUAGAAAUCAGUUUAGAAGUCAUUGGAUCCUCUCCUCAAUUUCUGUAUUGGUUUCUGGCAGCACGACUUUAAGCAUCUGCAGCUGACUGCGUCACAACAAAGCAGAUCUUAUCAGUUGCUUUUAGAUCUUUAAACUCCAGUCUCAUGUGUCAAGAAGGAGCUUCUUAUAAAAGCUAAUAUAUUGUACAGAUUUUUCCACUCAGCAUAAGGACACAGAURUUGRUUUCUAAAAAAAAAA